UGCAAAGUCAGUGGAAAUGAUCAUCAUAACGAAAAUUCAGUUCAUGUAAUUACAUCAGUCAUUGUGCAAUUUUGUCUGCUAUUUGAAAAUAAAGGGAGGGGGGAGCAAAAUAAAUGUUAUCAUAGCAAAUUCUCUAAAUUAUACAAAUAAAUAAACAAAGAGACAAACAAAUAAAUUAAAUAAAUAAAUAAUCUCCGUCAAAGCAGGUGCUGUUUUCCUGUGUGGACACUCAGAAGGCUUAAUAAAAUCAAUUUUUAUGUUAUAGAAAUGUUAAAUGCUAUAUUUUAUUCAUCUAAAGAAAGGGGAGAUCCUGUCUUACGCACCAGUUUAAAGAGUAUUUUUCAUGAUUGCUUUUAUUUUGAAAGGUUACACAGGAUAUUGAGUUUCCAUCCCGUCUGACUUGACAGCGGAGGGUAUCCACGGGCUGUGGGCACCCUCAGACAGGUGGAGGAGACGUCCUCGAGAAUCUGAGCUGCUUGGUCCGGAGGACUGGGCUGGGCUGCGGGACCCGUGGUCGCCGUACACGCUCGGUGCACGGAUCCUCCUCCACCCCAUGCACCCCGCAGCUGCUGGGUCCACAUUAUGGAACCAGAACCACAACAUGGUUCGGCUCAUCUCGCCGUCCUGAUCUCUCACACACAUGCUUGAUGCUUCGGUGUGUGGACUCACACGGGGAGGACGAUGGAUAGCUGCAGAGGAUACACGAGGAGAACCCACAGACUCGAGUUCUUUCCCUGAGAUUUCUUUCCGCCUUCCGCCAGUUUUAGUCUUCAUUCCUCUUCCACGGUCAUGGAGCACCAGGCAGCCGAGCCGCAGAACUACGAGGACGUCCAGAAGAGCGGCUACCUCCGCAAGCAUAAAUCGAUGCACCGGCGAUUCUUCGUGCUGAGGACGGCCUCUGAGCACGGUCCCGCUCGGCUCGAGUACUACGAGAACGAGAAGAAAUUCCGCAGUAAAUCACCUGUGCCCAAGAAGGUCCUGAACCUGGAGACGUGCUUCAACAUCAACAAGCGGGCGGAUUCCAAGAACAAGCACAUGAUCGUCCUUUACACCCGCAGCGAGAGCUUUGCCAUCGCUGCGGACAGCGAGGAGGUCCAGAACGAGUGGUACCAGGCGAUGCUGGACCUCCAGGACAACUGUAAAACCCCCGAGGACUAUGGCAGUAGCGGAGAGUGUAGCUCUCCAUCUCCUAUUCCAACCUUUAAAGAGGUGUGGCAAGUCAAGGUUUGGCCUAAAGGUCUUGGACAUGCCAGGAACUUGGUGGGCAUCUACCGGCUGUGUCUAACAGAUAAAACAGUCAACUUUGUCAAACUGAACUCUGACGUGGCCGCUGUAGUGUUGCAGCUGAUGAACGUUCGAAGGUGUGGCCAUUCAGAGAACUUUUUCUUCAUUGAGGUUGGACGCUCAGCAAUCACAGGUCCUGGAGAGUUUUGGAUGCAAGUGGAUGACUCGGUGGUAGCUCAAAACAUGCAUGAAACUCUGCUCGAGGCCAUGAAGGCCUUAAGUGAGGAAUUCCGACAGCGUAGCAAGUCCCAGUCUGUGGGGACAUCAUGUGGAGGUGGUACUGCUUCGAAUCCUAUCAGUGUCCCGAGUCGACGCCAUCACCCAAAUCUUCCACCGAGCCAGAUUGGCUUCUCCCGACGUGCAAGGACUGAGACCCCUGGAACAGGAGGCAGCAGCACCAGCACAUCUCCUACAUCCCGUCACGGGUUUCCAAGGGCGAGAACAGCAAGCAUUGGAGCCAGGUCAGAAGAAGGAGGAGCAAGCGCCAGAGGGACAUGGGCCAGUUCCAGUCCAAGUCUAAAUGGGUCCUGCUCAACUACACCAACGCUGAGACCUAAACCUACUAGGGCUCCAACCCCCGCUAAGAUUACCCUAAGCCUUGCCCGCUACACCCCUAACCCUGCUCCAUCUCCCGCACCUAGUCUGUCCUCCAGCUCUGGUCACGGUUCAGAGUGUGGCCUAGUGGGGGCAGUUGUUGGAAGCAUGUCAAUUUGCUCCUAUGCUCGUGUUUCUCAAAGAGUUUCUGUUUCAGGUUCACCGAGUGACUAUGGAUCCUCAGACGAAUAUGGUUCCAGUCCUGGUGAACACUCUCUGCUCAUACCUAGUAUGUCUGGACAUCAUGCACAUGGAGAGGGCUCCUCCAGCUAUAUUGUGAUGGGGCAGCGAGAGGGUGUGUUUGGUUCCCAUCAUCACCCCAAAGGGAGGCGGAUCCUGCGGCGUUCAUCUAGUCGGGAAUCAGAAGCGGAACGCAGGCUACUAAGUAAGAGAGCUUCCCUUCCUUUGGCUGCCCAGGAAAGACUAACCCCACACAGAAAAGAUGAAGAUGAUGAAGAUGAUGAAGAAUACGCCAUUAUGUCACAGAGUGCCAACAGAGGAAGAGCUGACUUACACCAUGGCUCAGGGAAUUUAGCUAUAAGAGGUGGGCAGCUUGAUGUGGCGGGAAAAUCUAGGAAGAGGGCCGAGAAAAGCAGAAAAGAGGUGGACUCAGGAGGAGCUCUGGAUAGUGGUUACAUGUCAAUGUUGCCAGGAGUCACAUCGCCUCCCGUUUCGCUCUCUCUGUCGAUAGGUAUGUACGAUACGAGAGCUAAACCUGGGGCAGAUGACGAGUAUAUGGCCAUGACCCCCAACAGCAGUGUGUCUCCUCCUCAGCACAUCCGUCACCCCAGCUCAGAGGGUUACAUGGUCAUGUCUCCCAACAGCAGUAGUUCCACAGACCUGCACGGACUGGGCAUGUGGGAGAGCAGGGCCAGCAUGGAGAGCCGGGCUGUCAGCGACUACAUGAACAUCUCACCUGUUAGCAGCCGCUCUGCCUGCAGCACGCCACCUUCCCACCCCGAGCAGCAUCAGCUGCAACCGAAAAUGUUCAAUUCAUACUUCUCCUUGCCACGAGCUUAUCAGCACACCCUCUAUUCUCGCUUUGAGGAAGACUUAAAUAAAGGAGAGGAGAAAAAAGACAGCAAUGGACACGAAGUUGCUGGAAGGGGAGGAAGACAGGGGUGCAGCAAGAGAAACAAAAUUGCAGUGGGCUCUGCAGGAGGCUGCCAACUCUCCAUGUCUUCUUCUUCUUUUUCCUCCAGCUCCGCCAGCAGUGAAAGCCUCGAAGACAAGUCAUCAUCAGCAGGGAGGGGGUUAAGUUUGUUAAGAACUGGAGCAGAAUACAGGAGUGCAGGAACAUGCACAAAAGAGGGACGUCAUAACCAAAAACGUGGCUCAAGUAGCAAGAGCCCCAAGCAACACAGGAGGGGUCGCCCUCUGAGUGUGUCUUCAGACAUCACUAAAGCUAAUACCUUACCAAGGGUGAAGGAGAACCUGCCACCAUCAGUUUCUCAGAGUGUUGAUGAAUAUGUAAGUAUUGUCUUUAAGGAUGACGAUAACUACGAUGAGGGACGAUGUGCAGGGUCUCCGCGUGGACAGCCGGUAAUCCAUGGAACUCUACGGCCCUUGAAUCAACCACUCCUCCGCCAUGAUAAUCCUGCCAACCUUCCCCGCAGCUUUUCUGCACCGCUGUCCACCUCUACCGAGUACGUCAACAUGGAUCUAGGGAAAUCCUCAACAACCCUGACUCAUGUCAGAUCCACAUUCAACACCCUACAGGGCCCGCCGGCUGCUUCCUCCAAGGCCCGACAUGAACACAGCACGUCUUCUCCACUGGCAGCGGAGUGUAGCGCAGGCCACAGAACAAAAACAAAGAUGCCAACAGAUGCCCCCCCAGCAUUUACUGACAGCAAAGGUUCAGAUCCCAGCAUUUCAGCAAGACCUGCCAUCCACUCUGGUCAACCCUUACCCAAAGAGCAGGAGACGAGUUUGGGUUCCUCUCUGGUCAAAUCGUUCCAGUCUCCCGACAGGAGCAACAGAUUGAUCCGGACUGACCAGCAGGGACACUUGAGCCACCAUUCUGAGACAUUUAACUCACCGCCAUCUUUACCAAUAUACACAUCUUCUUCUACCUCCCUGUUCACAGAGGGCAGCCAGGCGGCAAGUCAUCGGCAGGGUUUGGACUGCUCACUGUGGGAGAACGGGCAGGCUGCUGGUUUGCCUGCCACACCUCCACCCCAAGCCUCCACCUCAUCCACUGAACAAGGCCUUAACUACAUAGACCUUGAUUUAGCCAUGAAGGAGGGUCCUCAAGCUGGAGCAGAGCGCACCUCUCCCAUCUACAGCAUCGGGGGGAGCGCUUUGGGUAGCAGUGCUGGCUCUGGCCCCAACACUUACGCCAGUAUUGAUUUCUACAAGUCAGAGGAACUCAGAACGACCCAGAACAGUCGAAAGGAUGGUCAAGACUGUUGAUCUCCAUCUUUGUUCUGGACGUAUGUGACGACUGGGAGACGGCUUGACCCGCGACGGGACGGCGGGCAGCCUGAUCUGCUGCCACAACACAGACCCUGGAAAGCCUCAUCUCCAUCCGUCUGCUGUUUUCUGUCAACCAAACGUGUGCCAAACACACACACACACACACACACACACACACACACACACACACACACACACACACACACACACACACACUCGUUGACCUUGUUGGUAUAAAAUGAGAUGUGAUUUUGGUUUAACUUGUACAGAUGAGGACUGAGAUCACGGGUGUUGACGAGACUUUCAGGGAACAACGCAAAAUUCAUCUGUGAAUCUUUAUUUAUCCUGCGAGUGAGCCAGUAUGAUCAGUAUGGUGACUUAAUGUUAACAUAAAAACAAAACCAAGGCAGCUGCUAUGUUGACACAGUCUCAGCUAAACCUGGAGUGUUAAUUGGUGUUUUCAUUCUGCUGUCGCCUUUUACGUCUCAUUCUGGUGUGUACGCAGAAGUUAAACGAUCAUCAGGUGUCAUUUUGACUCGAACCAACAGGAAUCAUCAGACACACUCUUACUGUAAAUAUGUUUGAAUUAUCAUAUAUAUGUCGUUGCUUUAAAGAAAAGCCUUUAUACUUCCUAACUACUGUUUUUGUGUUACCGAAGUACUUCAGAUUGUUAAUUGUUAUUACAAAAACUAGCAUUCUGGACUUGGCAGGGAAAUCACAUUAUCCAGAUGAGUAAAGUAGGAAUCACAUUUAACAGUUAACUGCAUUUAAUGUGUUUUAGCUCAAAUACUAUCAGUUUUCAAUAUCUGAUUCGUGAUGUGGAUCUAAUUAUAGGAAAAUUAAGACUCUUGAAAGCCUAACUCCACAUUUUCCUACAUGAGAAACUGCAGAUAAUUUACAGAAAGAACGUGAGUCUCAGUUAGCCACAAUGCAACAGUAAAAGUUGUGUAGAAGCUGCAACUUUUAUUAAAUUGCCAUUUUACUCACUUUAUUUAAAAAAAUUGCGCAGGAAGUCUAAAAAAUGAAUAGAUUUCCUUUAUAACCACAGUAAAAAAAAGUGGACAUGUUUCAAACUGAGCUUUUUCAUAAACCCAUAAAACAACCUGAUUAAAGAACAUUCGACUUGCAAGAUUAGGGAAAGCCAGGGGCUGCAUACCACUCUUGCAGCUGUAAAACCUUUAGAAAGCAGAACUCCUUCUAAAUGGAAUGCAGCCGUCCUUAACACCCCCGUGCACAAGUCAUAAUAUUUGCACUCAGAUACGUCUCUAGACGUGCUCCAGAUUAAAACCUGCAACUCAUCUGAUCAUAACCCGUUUGAUUCCCCCUUUUUUUAAUUUAAGCAAAAAUCUGAGAAUUAGAUGUGGUCCUACAGGAGCAGAUUGAGCUCAUGCAGCAGGUCUAUGACAUCGAUCGAAUAGAGUGCUGUAAUUUUCUCCCACUCUUCGCCCCCAGAUCCCACUUAAUAGCCGUAUAUCAGAUGAGUCUGACACAAGACUGCCAAAUCAAUUACAUGAUGUCUGAGUCACAUCGCCGGGCAUGCUGGGAAACGACACAGAGCAGAACAUCGUGUAGCGUGGAAACAGGAGAGCAUUUUGAAAAUCCUAGAGCGGUUUCAAACAGAUAAGUAACACAAAAGUAUUAGAGAAGGUGUAAAAGCUUCAUUUUUUUAGACAUCCGGACUUUUCUACUCCAGCUGUAUAUUCCACUAUAGUAUCUACUAUAGUACAUGCUAGUAGGACAGAAACUAUAGUACAUACUGUGGUUAGUUUCCUCAAUCACGUAACAGUUUUAAUAUAAAGUGACACAUUACAACAGUAUAUAAAAUAAACAGUAUAUCAUUAUUAAUACUAUAUAGCCUAGAUAUCUAUAUUCUCUUUUAUAAAGUGCCUCAUUUUUGAUUGUAGCUGUGUUGACACAGUUGAUCUGAAACUAGGUUGUGAAAAUGGGGUCAAAAUACAAAAAGUGUGUUUUUUCUGAGUAAGAAUCUGUGACAGAGCAGAAACUUCACAUUGCUGCCACUCACUGGAGAUCAGACUGCCUUGUCCCAAAUAUGAACGUUCAACUUUUUUUUUCAGUGCCUGAUACUUAGCACACACACACACACACACACACACACACACACACGCACGCACGCACGCACACACACACACACACACACACACACACACACACACACUUUUGCUUGGUUUUGUUGAGAAAAAAGAAAAAAAAAGUUUCUUGCCCUGUGAUUGGCCCACGUCCAACCCUCAUGUCCUUAACUACCAAAACUCCUUGUUGAUCGUGUCUGACGGGGAAACCUCUGACAGAUGCAACUAAUUAAAUAAUUCAGAUAAUAAACUUGUAUAAUUCUCCAGUGUGUGUAGAUUUUAAUGUCUGAUCCUGUUUAUAUGACGUCUAUUUUAACUUUCCGUGUUUUUAAAAGCCCUGUAAAUAAAAGAACUCAGUGUUUGAGUUGACGUUUGGUUUGAGAACAAUUUAAACCCAACAGCUGAUCUGAUGUGUGAACGUUUGUGUGAUGAUCAGAUAUUAAUUCUGCUCCUGAAACACAUGAACAUGUCAGUUUUCUCUCAUUUAUUACCGCUUCUUUUUUUUUGUUGUUGUUUUGUUUAUUUCUAACAUUCUGCAACAAAAAGGAUAAAGUUUAUGAAAAGACGAAAGACUGAAACCUAAAACUAAUUUUUACUUAACCAAAAUGUCAUAGAUUUGAAAUAAAAUUCAAAAGUCUUUUUUGUUUUCCCGGUAAAAUGAAAUUGUGUUUUGACUGUUGCCAGAGCCUCUGAGGUUUUGUUGACAUUGCUGAAGCUAUACAUUGAUUAUGAACAUUUUUUGGGCUGCAGAUGCAUAUAAAGGUAAAUAUGUUACUGUAUUUGUGGAUGCAAUGUCAGAGCGAGACGUUUGCAUGCAGGGCUCUGGCUUUUGUGUACAGGGUAAAAACCAAGGAGGCUUUCUUGAUGUAUUUCAGACACUAGUAGCUUUUCCCACAUUUAGAUUUAUUAUGCGUGCUUUCACGCGAUUAUACAUUAUAGUAUUAAGUUUUAGUUUAAGAGAGUUGUUUCUGUGAAUGAACCAGACUAACUAGACUUUUUUAAGUUUUGUCAAAAGAUAUUAAAAAUGACCUUGUUUUUCUAUUUGGUGCCAAAAGUUUGACCUUUUAUAUUUGAGGCCUGUGAUCCUGCAUCUUGAUCACUAAACGAAAUAUUUAAAAAAAAAUAUCUGCUUUUCCACAUAUUUAUUAAGGAUGAAUAUGUAUUAAACAAAUCUUACCCGUGCACGCUCCUCUUUAUGCUAACUAUUGACAAUCUCAAAAACAUCAAUUAGCUCCAUGUUUUGUUGAGGUGAUCUUUUAUAAUCUCUUUGUUAUUACCACAGUGCAACUCUUUUAAUUAGGGAUUAGUGAGACUCUCUGACUGUACCUCAUAAUCUCGGUUCCGUUCAGACGCAACAGUUGGUGUGUCAGUAAAACCCCUCGGAGGUUGGUGCAGGAAGAGCGCCCGCGUGAAAACAAAAAACAAACACAGACAUGUACAGAACUUUAAUACCAAAAUGUUUUAAUACCAUCCCAUCCAGAUUUGAUACAAAAAGCCUCUCAUCUUCUGGUCAUCAGGACUCUGCUGAGUAUUUACUUUGGGUGUGAAGCAGACGCGAGCGCCUUCUGAAUAUUUUAUAGCAGCAGCACACGGUUUAAAGUGCUCAACAGACUCUAAGUGUGGGAAACGAUACUGUACGUACAAUCAGGAUCGCAGCUGUAAUUGCAACGGGAGGGCAGCAGAUGUAUUUUAAAGGAAAGGAGACUACUUUGAUAAUGAUGUAAGAUGAACAGGAUCUAAAGGGAUGUAAAGUUUACUGUGUAUAAAUAAAGUUUGCUUCAGGAGGGAGGGGCCGGGUGGGCGGGGCUGUGGGGUAAGGGGUUUGUUCUGUUCAUGGAGAAAUGGAUUAAAACAAACUAUUGAUGAUUCUUGUCUGUGAUGUAGACAACGUCAACUUUUUUCUUUUGAUAAAAGGCAAAAUGAUAUUAAAAAGAAAAACUGUGAAUUUUA